AUGCCUCCCAAGAAGAAGACCGCGGCUGCUCCCAAGGCUGUCGCGACAAAAGUCACAGCUGCCUCGAAAAGGGCCGCUGCCGCGAGGAAAGAAGCGUCCGCUGAGCCUGAGAAACCGGCCGCGGCACCAAAGAAGACGGCCGCUCCCAAAAAGGCUGCGAGCGAAAAGCCUGCACCGGCCAAGGCGGCGCCCAAGAAGCGCAACGCCACCGAGGAGCCUGAGGUGAACGGAGCCACCGAGGUCCCGACCGCGACGCGCCGAAAACCCGCGUUUGCCGCCACCAAGAAGCAGAACACCACCGUCCCUGUCCUCGCCUCAGAGAAGGCAACAUCCGUCGAGCCCAAGAAGAAGCCAGAGACCAAGAAGGCUGCAGAGACCAAGAAGGUCGCUGCACCCAAGAAGGCUGCUGCACCCAAGCCAGCGGCCGCACCAAAGAAGGUCGGAAAGAAGGGCGCCGCGUCUGCUGAGCCCGUAUCAAACAAGGAGGCUUCCGACCCAAAGGUCCCCAAGGAUGUUGCUCCCAUAUCGUCCCCGACCAAGCGCAAGCGCACCCCUGCGAGAGAGCCCACGCCCGACGCCGACUCCGAAGUAGACGAGCCCGCCAAGGAGGAUGAGGAGGAUGCACGUCCCGUCAAGCGGGUGCGGACUGCUGCCCCCAUCUCCAAGGUUAAGCUCGGUGCCAAGAUCAACAGCGCCCCCGAGACCGUGCUCGACGUGUUCGUGUUUGGUGAAGGGUCCUCGGGCGAGCUCGGCCUUGGCAACAUGCGUCACGAGGGCAAGAAGCCCCUUGAUGUCAAGCGCCCGCGCAUCAAUCACAACCUCACUGCUGCCACCGUCGGAGUCGUUCAGAUUGCCUGUGGCGGCAUGCACGUUGUCGCUCUGACCAAAGACAACAAGAUCCUGACAUGGGGCGUCAACGACCAGGGAGCCCUGGGUCGUGACACCACGUGGGACGGUGGCCUCAGGGACGCUGACGCCGAGGACUCGGACUCGGAAGAUGACGAUGACAGUGGUCUCAGCCCUAAGGAGAGUAUCCCUGCCGAGAUCGAUAUGAGCGAUGUCGCCGAGGGCACCCGCUUUGUGCAGGUUGUAGCCAGCGACAGCGCGUCCUUUGCGUUGACCGAGGACGGCCGCGUGUAUGGCUGGGGAACCUUCCGUGCUAGCGAUGGCAUCCUCGGUUUUACCCCCACCGUCAAAAUUCAGAAGACCCCGGGGCUCCUUGCGGAGCCGAAGAAGGUUGUUCAGCUGGCGGCUGGCUCCAACCACGUGAUGGCUCUGGACAAGGCUGGCAAGAUCCUGACAUGGGGCUGCCCCGAGCAGAACCAGCUUGGUCGCCGUUGCGUUCAGCGCGACGUUCUCGCGUCGGCCCUGCGGCCUGGCGGCCUUGGCCUGAAGCGGAGCAUCAAGAUCACCAAGAUCUCUUGCGGCUCGUACCACAGCUUUGCGCUGGACUCGGAGGGUAUCGUCUACGCGUGGGGUCUCAACAACUUUGGCGAGCUCGCCAUCGAGCAAGGCGCUGGCGAUUCCGAUGCGGCAGUGCUUAGCGCAACACGUAUCGAGGCGCUCGAGGAGUACAAGAUUGCCGACAUCUGCGGCGGCGAGCACCACUCGGUGGCUUGCACUACCGACGGCCGUCUGCUGACCUGGGGUCGCAUUGAUGGUCAUCAAGUGGGACUUCCCAACGGGGCCUUCAACGAGGACAACGCCAUUUACGAUGAGGCUAAGAGGCCACGUAUCCUGAAGGUCCCCACCGUUGUUCCUGAUCUCAAAAACAUUGUCUCGGUCGCCGCUGGUACGGACAACAGCUUCGCCCUGACGGGCGACGGCAAGACGUACUCAUGGGGGUUCUCGACAAACUACCAGACCGGCCUGGGCACCUCUGACGACGUCGAGGUUCCGACACUGAUCGAGAACACGGCGGUCAAGGACCGCAAGAUCACAUUUGCUGGCGCCGGUGGACAAUACUCCAUCAUUGCCAGCCCGGCCGACUCCUAA